AGAUUUUAGGCAGCCAAUCGUUUUCUAGGUGAAGUGUCGGUGGUGGAACAGCUCCUAAUAUCAGUUCACACAGUUGGCUCAAAUCUCCAUCUCAGUCUCCAAUUCCCAGUCUCUCUUCUCUUCUCUGCUCUGCCCAUUCAUCAGCUCCCUCUUUGCCUCUGUAAUUUUGCAGAGAACCACGCAGGAAAUUAGCAGAAUGGGUGUGGAUCCAAGGCAGAUUCUGGCUGGGUUUCUGACUGUCACCAUGUUUGUAAUGCUGGCCAACAUGAUCAAGAGGGAGCAUUUUGAUUCUGUGAAAACUCCAGCAGCUGCAAAUAUUCGCCUAGAUGAAAACCCAGCUGUAGAACAGAGCCUCGCUAAACUUCCCGGAGGGACUACCACAGGGCCUUGGAAGGAGGAUGAAUGGCAAGAGCUAAAACCCUGCUGGGCAAAGCCUGAUUUAGGCAAUUCCGAGAAAUCAACGGGGUUUGUCACCUUCUCAUUAACUAAUGGCCCUGAAUACCAUGUUUCACAGAUUGCGGAUGCAGUGGUGGUGGCAAGAUAUCUAGGAGCAACGCUUGUAGUCCCUGACAUUAGAGGAAGCAAACGGGGGGAUAAGAGGGACUUCGAAGAAAUCUACGAUGUUGAGAAGUUCAUGAAAAGCCUAGAAGGGGUGGUCAGAGUAACAAAAGAUCAGCCUGCAGAACUAUCAGCUCAAAACAUUGCGGUUGUAAGAGUCCCUAACCGGGUGACCGAAGAGCAUGUAGAAGAGUACAUUGCACCUAUAUUCAGAACAAAAGGCAACGUCCGCCUCGCAACAUACUUCCCUUCAGUGAAUAUGAAGGAGAUAACAAAGAGUAAGGCAGACUCAGUUGCAUGCUUGGCCAUGUUUGGUGCUUUAGAACUGCAACCAGAAGUCAGGGAAGUAGUAGACUCAAUGGUGGAGCGGUUGAGGACUUUGAGUAGGAAGUCUGAUGGGCAGUUCAUAGCUGUGGACCUGAGAGUUGAGAUAUUGGAGAAGAAGGGCUGCCUAGGAGGAGAUGGGACGAAAACUUGCUAUGGGCCAGACGAGAUAUCUGCAUUCUUGCAGAAGAUCGGAUUCGACAAGGAUGCCACGGUCUAUUUGACUCAAACAAGGUGGCAUGGCAGCCUUGAUUCUUUGAAGGAAUCCUUCCCUAAAACUUAUAUAAAGGAAAACAUAAUGCCAGCAGACAAGAAGCCGAAGUUCCUAGAUUCAGAAACCUCAGAAUUCAUGAAGGUCAUCGACUUCUACAUCUGUUCCCAGAGCGACGUCUUUGUCCCCGCCAUCUCUGGCCUCUUCUAUGCCAAUGUAGCCGGUAAAAGAAUCGCAACAGGCAAGAACCAGAUACUCGUCCCAGCCACCAUCUCUGAGGCCACAGCUUCUGCAUCAGACUUCAUCUCCUCAUACAUCUCCAAGAAGAACCACCUGGCCUACUCCUGUUUCUGCUAGCACCCCAUGCAUGUCAAAACCCGAAAACCCGAAAACCAAAGCAUUUGUAGCAUGUUGUGAUGAAUUGAAUUCAUAAAGGACUCUAGCUACUAUCAUCCUGUUGAUCUCAUUCAAAGGGUUUUCAGUUAGGAGAUUGAUGGGUUGGCUAGCUAUACUAUUCAUACUUGGAUUCAGGUUUGAAGUGAUUCCCAGAGAUCGAGAAGUUGAUAUUUGGGAAGCAUUCUCGAGUGUAACAACUGGUUGAAAGCUUUACAUAUAUUUUGAUUCUCAGUUGUUUUGUGGUUGUAGAACUUUCUUGUAUCAUUGUCAAUUGUAAUUUUAGCUAUACUCUUCUUACAUUUCAAGAGUUACAUAUUUGUUUG